CAUCAUUUUAUUCUCUUCUCACUUCCCACCAAAAAAAAAUGAUUUCCUUUUUUAUCUUUCUAGUUUUGUUUUCCAUUGUUUCGGGAGACGAAAACGCUCGAAAUUUUAAUGAUCGAGCGUCUCUCCUCACCUUCGCUUCCAGGGUCACUUCUGACCCUGGAAACGUACUACAUAGCUGGAACAACUCUUCACAACUUCAUUUCUGUAACUGGACCGGAAUCACGUGUAAUGAGAAUCGUGAUUCUGUUCUUGAGUUAGACCUUAGUGGAGCUUCGCUCCAUGGUACUAUAUCUCCGGUUAUUUCUAGACUUACCCGGUUAACCGUUUUGGAUCUUUCUAGGAAUUUCUUUGAGGGUGGGAUACCGAAAGAGAUCGGGUAUCUUUCCGGACUUAAACAGUUGAGUUUAUCGUCGAAUCUUCUACGAGGGAGGAUCCCGUUCGAGUUGGGGUUUCUUCGGGGGUUGCAAUAUCUUGAUAUGGGAAGUAAUAAGCUCGAAGGCGAUAUCCCAUUGGGACUUUUUUGUAACGGGUCGUCUUCUUUAGACUAUGUCGAUAUAUCGAAUAACUCGAUUAGCGGGAAUAUACCGUUGAAUGAAGAAUGCGAUGUUAAAGAGCUACGGUUUCUACUUCUUUGGUCGAAUAAACUUACGGGUCGGGUACCUCGAGCACUUGCUAAUUCCACAAAGCUGAAAUGGUUAGAUUUCGAGUCGAAUUUUUUCGAAGGAGAGUUACCAUUUGAGAUUGUGAAAAACUUGUCAAAACUACAGUUUGUUUAUUUGUCUUACAAUCGGUUUUCGGGUCCUCUUGAGAGAUUCUUUUCGGGUUUGACAAACUCUCCACAUUUACAGGAACUCGAGUUAGCUGGAAACAGACUCUCAGGAAAAAUUCCCGAUAUCAUUGGGAAUCUUUCUAGGAGUCUGGUCCAGCUACAUCUGGAUGACAACCAGAUAUCGGGAGCGAUUCCUCCCAAUAUCAGUAAUCUUUUGAACCUCACCCUACUCAACUUAUCUAGCAACUCUCUCAACGGAACGAUCCCCAAGGAACUUUGCCAAAUGGCGAAACUCGAGCGGCUUUACAUAUCGAACAACUCGCUUUCUGGAGAAAUCCCAUUGUGUUUCGGGAACGUUUCCAAGUUGGGUCUUCUUGACUUAUCGAAAAACCGCCUUUCGAGCUCCAUUCCCGACACUUUCUCGAGUCUUUCCCAGCUACGGAGACUCUUGCUUCAUAACAACCGUUUCGUCGGAACGAUUCCAACAAGCCUUGCACAAUGUGUGAACCUUGAGAUUCUUGAUCUUUCUCAUAAUCACAUUUCGGGUUCGAUCCCGACCGAAUUCGCAAGGUUGAGCACCUUGAAAUUGUACUUAAACAUCUCAUAUAACCACCUGAAUGGACCUUUACCAUCGGAGCUCAGCAAGAUGAACAUGGUUCUUGCCAUGGACUUAUCAUCUAACAACUUUUCGGGCCCGAUUCCAACGCAGCUCGGAAGCUGCAUUGCGCUCGAGCUCCUAAAUCUCUCCAGAAAUGCAUUCCAAGGGCAACUUCCUAGUUCAAUUGGGAAGUUGCCAUUUCUCGAAACAUUUGAUGUUUCGUGGAACAGAUUGUCUGGAAAGAUCCCGGAAUCUUUCCAGACAUCUGCGACGUUGAAACUAUUGAACUUUUCGUUCAAUAAUUUCUCUGGGAACGUAUCGUUCCCGUUUCUGCAGAUUGACUCUUUCCUCGGGAAUCCCGAACUGUGCAGCAGUUCGGUCCUGGGGAUGUCAAUCUGCAAAAACAACACGAAAAAACACUUCAUUCCAUUGCCGGUUUUGCUUACCGUACUCGGCAUAGCAACCCUGCUCAUGUUUUUGGUUCCGCUUGUUUUCAAGUCGAAAUCUAAGCGAAAAAUUGUAAAAAUGUUUAGCCGAAGAAGCAGCAUGUACGAAGAAGACGACGAAAGAAAAGAACAAAACUACCCAAAAAUCUCUCAUCAAGAGCUCAUGGAAGCAACAGGAGGGUUCAAAAGCUCCAGUUUGAUCGGUUCAGGUCGUUUCGGGCAAGUUUACAAGGGUAUUUUAAAAGACAACACGAAGAUAGCGGUUAAGGUUAUAAGUUAUGUGAAAGCCGAAGAAAUAACCGCGAGUUUUAAUAAAGAAUGUGAAGUUUUGAAGAAUAUUCGGCACAGGAAUCUGAUACGGAUCAUUACGAUCUGUAGCAGACCGGAUUUCAAGGCUCUCGUUCUGCCAUUAAUGCAGAACGGGAGCCUUGAGGAUCAUUUGUACCCACGUGGCGGGGUGAUCCACGUCAACUUGGUCCAGUUGGUUAGCAUAUUAAGUGAUGUGGCUGAAGGGUUAGUCUAUUUGCAUCACUAUGCACCUGUUAAGGUGGCUCAUUGUGAUUUAAAGCCAAGCAAUAUUCUUCUUGAUGAUGACAUGCAUGCAGUACUUUCUGAUUUUGGUAUUGCUAAGUUGGUGAAAGAGGAGGUUGAGAAGUUCCCGGUGGCGGGUGGCGUUUCCGGCUCCCCUUCGGCUAGCUCGACCGAUGGUUUACUUUGCGGGUCAAUCGGUUACAUUGCUCCCGAAUACGGUAUGGGUAGACGAGCGUCAUCACAAGGAGACGUUUACAGUUUCGGGGUUUUGUUAUUGGAGAUGGUGACAAGAAAACGGCCUACAGAUGUGUUUUGUUACGAAAACUCAAGCUUGCAUGAGUGGGUAAAAACCCACUACCCGCACAAGCUUGAACCCAUCAUAAAACAGACACUUUUGAACUAUCCAUUAGUUACAACUAAUGCCACAUCGCGCAAUCCUAACCUAUUGCACGACAUGGUUUUGGAGCUCAUUGAACUCGGGUUGAUUUGUACUCAAAACAACCCGUCAACUAGACCGACCAUGCUGGAUGUGGCACACGAGAUAGCUACAUGGAAAGAGUAUCUUAACUCUUAGUCAUACUGAUUGUUUAUAAACAACUAACAUUCCUAUUUAAAUUCAGAGAUUAAAAAAAAAGUUUUAGUGAGAUCUUGUAUUCUUGUUCAGUUAUGUUAAUUCAUUUUAGGGUGUUGUUAUUUGCUUGUAACUUAUGCAAGAAAAGUUGUACUCAAAUUUUAGUGAGUUGCAUGAUUUGGUCACAUCAUGGAACUUUUCUUUGCCGAGUGAUUGCAUGCCAAAAAAGACUAAUGGAAUUUUGCCAAUGUUUUUAUUUUAUUUUUUUAUUAUUUUUGAAAAGUAUACAAUAACACUACUAGUUGUGGAUAUAUUACAAC